AUGGUACCAUCAUUUCGCAGAUUAACGACAACCAAUAUUUUACUUGUAUCAGCACUUUGCAUUAUGCUUAUUCUUAAUUUACAUAUAUCAAUAUUUAUAUGGAGGAAACGUUUCUACGAAUGUAUAAAUAAAGCAAAUUAUGUUUUACGAAAUUUUUUGGAUAUUGCAAAUAAACAAGUUGAUUUAAAAUAUGAAAAUAUCGAUCAGCCAUUUAGUGAAUGCAUAAACUUACAGUUAACGUUUCGAGAUGGAAAGGUUGCUUUUUUUUUCAGUUUGUUUUUUCGAAUGCCGUUAAAAUAUUUUGUUUUGGUGAAUGUUCCUUAUAUUUUGCUUGUCGAAGGAGAUGUAAUAAUGUUAAGGCCGGGACAUUUAACUCCAUGUCGUUGCAUUUCUUCCAGUGGAAAGUUGUUAUUUCCUCAGUCUAAUUUCUAUUUUAGCGAGCAAAAAUGCAAGAAAACAGGCUUGAUAAUUCCGCUUAAAUCCAUUCAGUGCACAGUUGUUGAAUCGCCAUUAGUAAAUCACAUUCGCAAUAUUUUUGCCGAUCAUCAUAAAAGACGGUCAAAUUUGUUUGAUUCGGAAAUUCGAGCUAUUAAUCAUUUUUUCUUAGAAAAAUUAAUAUUGCCUUCUUCUAUUAUCAUUCUUGCUAUUUUUUUUAUUUUAAAUUCUGAUUAUCGCCACAGCGAUGAUUUGUCAAUAUCGAUAUUAUUUGUAUCGCAAAUGCAAGAUAAUUUAGAUGAUUACAAAUAUUUGCUUUGGUCAACAGAUUUCAUUUAUUCUCUUGGCGGCAUAACAACUUUUGCAUUCAUUGACAAGAAGGGAUUGCUUUCUUGGCCUAAUGCCACAAUAGAAAAAGUAUUUUGCUUCGAUAGUCAACAGUCAUCUCAUUCGGUGUUAAUCCGAUAUGUUACAGCUAAUGAAUAUAAAUUAGUUCCCAGAAUUUUUGAUCUCAGCAUUGACGGUGAUCGACCAUUUGCUGUUCAUUUUGACGAUCUUGAAUGGCAAAAAUAUCGUAAAUGUUUGUUGCCAUUUGGUAUCAAUCUCGGUCUUAAUUCGUGCAAAUAUUAUUUGAACUGUACGAAAUUAUUGGACCAUAUUUCUAUUUUAUUUAAUCGUAGUCCAACCACAUUUUCGGUACCAAACUGUAAAUGUGCUUGCUAUUUCUCCGAUUUGUUGGGCGUAAAUGAUUUGCUGAAAGGCUGGUUUGACAUUUCUAAAUCGGCAUCUGUAGGAUUCUAUAAACGAUCCCCGAAUGAUUCCAUUCUGAAUGGGUUAAAGCAUCGAACUACUGUAGAAAACGCUUUUCUAACUAUAACUAACGAUUCUCAUUCACUUUAUCAACAUCUUAUGGUGCAGGGAACAGCGAAAUUGAUACUAAGCGCAUCUAGUCACGUUUGGAAUGGUCAUUCUAUGGAAUUAUUAACAAGUAGCGAUCGUAAAAAAGUUGCCGAUUUUUAUCAGAGGCAUUCUAUGACUAGCUAUUGCUUAACAUUUGGCUAUCGUACUGUUGAUUCAAUCAUAUCGAACCAGCUAUGUGAGAAUUACGUAGAUAUUCCACUGAAUUUUUCUGGAAGAAUGAAUGAACAAAGAUGGACAAAUCGACGAUCGCUCAGUUGCGAUUCAAUAUUUGUGGAUCAGUUUUAUAAUAAUUGCUUGAUUAGUACAGCUAAUGAUUGCAUUAAAAGACUUUUUAAUAAUUUUGCAUUGCUUGGAGUAAUUACAAUGCAGUAUCAGGCACGUGCAGAUGUUGUUCAUUUGAUUGAACAACUUGAUCAAGCUUGUAUACGAUUUGUUUAUUUUUCAAAGGAAGAUGAAUUGAAGAGUCGUAUUUUUGCUGAAAAAUUAGGUCUGGAAGCUGGGUGGAAUUGUCAUAUUUCUCUCGCUUCUCGAGGUAAAGAAACAGAACGUUUCCGCACUUCUCACAUUGAGAAACAGGAAGAUGUUGCAAACUCCAGAUUGUCAACCUAUUUUGCAACUAUGAGAUCUCCUUCAAUACGCUUUAAUCAAGACGAAGUUCCAUUACUAUCAAGAUAUUCUGCCGAUCUUGCAAUUGCGAAAUCUUUUUUACUAGAUGGAACUGAUUUCGAUAUUCAACAAACACAAAAACCGAAAAAGAUCAAAAAUAUGUCUCAGAAAAGAUCUAACUCAACGAGUGCACGCUUGUCGUUUUCAUUCAAUGAUGAAAUCACUGCUGAAGCAAUGCCAAAUAAAGCACAAUUACCCACAGGUAUUGAAAAUAUUCGAACUCAUCUUAAGAAUGUUGAUAACGUACCAUUGUUGGUUAAUUUAUUCACCGACUGUGAUCAUAUUGCUAAUCGUUCAAUGAUUGAAAUAAUGCAAGAUUAUGGUGAAAUAGUUUUGGUGGCUGGUUCUCCUCUUAAUUAUUAUAAUGCGCGUAUUUUCAGUCAGGGAAAUUGUUCAUUUUGUAUUGAGCCGCAAAAACCAGCGAGAUGUUAUAAAAAUAAUCCUAAUGAAAAUGAAUCUGGAAGUGUUUUAAAAUCUACUCAACUUGCCUCACUUCUUAUGAGCAUCUCAACAAAUGUUAUAAUUUCUUCCGAUGAGACUGUUGAUGUUAUGUCAAUGAUAUCGCUUUGUCGACAUCAAAUCCUUUCAACUCGUUCAGCUUUUAUAUUUUUUUUAUAUUGUUCGAUUACCUUAUUUUUCUUAGAAUUACUUAGUAUUCUGCUUUUCUUGCCAGUUAUUUUUUGUCCAUCCCAGUUGCUUCUCUUUAUAUGUUUGUACUUACCUCUUAUUGCCUUAUCUUUAAUAUUAUCUCCUUAUGAUAACAGAAGUUGCUUAGACGAAAUUGCACCUAAAUUCACAGUUUCGACGCGUCGUAAAUCCCUCUCUCAUUUGUUAUCAUAUUAUCUAGUCUGCUUUUUACCAUCUGUUGCCUUUAUUAUUUUUGGGUAUUAUUUCAUGUUGCUUAAUUUUAAUGCUGGUGUACAUAAUUGGCGCUUUUCACCGAUUUAUCUGGAUUAUUCAAAUGAUAAUAUCGUUGCAGCUCGACAUUUGAUUUCUUUUUUAAUUCUUAUUAUUUUCAUAGUUUUAUCAGUUAGUUUCGUACAUUCGCGCCAAAAUAUCUGGUCAAAAAAUCCAAUAAAUGCUAAAUUUGUGAUAUUGACGAUUUUUGCACUUUUUUCUUUCGAUGUGCUAUCGAAAUUUUCUCAAUUUUGUGGAAUAUUUGCUGGCGUAAAUUUGGUAUGGGCAAUUAUCAUUUGCUUAUUGCAUGAAAUUUAUAAAAAACAUCAAACAAAUUUAUUUUUAAGAGAUCAGCGACGUAGAAAAUUAAGUUUUAACACGAAGCUCGGUAUGAAUUCGCCUUAUUGA